CGGGCUGGGGGGUGAAGGGCAUCCGGCCCCUCAGUUCCGCAAGGAGCCGUCGACCACCGGCCCCACGUGCCGCGGGGGACCCCCGAGGAGAGGCAGACAUGGCGCAGACCAUCGAACACCUGGUCCACGAGGUGGAGGCCGGGCGGUGCGUGGGGAUCGAGAUCACCAACACCACAAACAUGACGUUUCGCUCCCCCAGAACCUUCUGCUUCAGCGGCCACACCCUCACCCCGCCGACUCCCAUCAUCCAUCCUAACAACGCGGGGUUUUGCAUCUUUGUGAAAAGAAAAUUCUCCCUCCGGGGAAGCGUGGGGCUGUUGGUGUACGAGAUCGAGGACCAGACUCUGGCCAUCAUGUUCUCCAACCCCUUCGACUACAACUUCUUCAAGGUGGAGUUCGCCGUGGCCCUCUCCGGCUACAAGGAAGAGACCCAGGACCUGAAGGCCUUCUUCGAGCUCCUCUACCACGAGAAGCAGAAGGGGUGGCUGAAGAUGGCCAAGGAGAAGCUCUGUGAAUGCCAGUGUCCCGUGUCCCUGGAGAAUAACGGAAUCCGGGUCACGGCCACCAUGUCCAACAACGCCAAGGCCAUCAUCAAGGUCUGCGUAGAGAGGGAUGAUGACCAAUCAAAUUUCUAGGAAAGCCGGAACCAGCCCGAGCUGCCCUUCCCAACCCCCGUCCCUCGUCCUGGGGGAUCCCGGCCUCUCUCCGCUCCCCUCCCAUCCUCCACCCCCCGGCCCGACCGCCCUGCGAGGUGCCCUGCCCCCGGCCACAGCUCAGCUCGCCAGACGCCAAACCCCCGGAGGGCGACGUCGCCGACGUCCAGCCGACGACAGUCCGCCGCCCUAACCCACCGCCCUUCCCCUCGCCCCGGCCCCGGAUCGGGUCAGAUUUGACUGGUGACCAGCUGGCGACGCUGGAUUUUGAGUCUGGGAAAUGACGCCUCGUCCUGGCCUAGGAGAAAGGGCCCAAGCUUGGGAGUGUCGAGGCCUCAGUUCGAGUCCUAGUUCCACCACUCUGUCUGCUAGGUGACCUUGGGUGAGUCAUUUGAGAGAUGGGGCCUGGGAGUCAGAGGACCUGGAUUCGAAUCCUCUGGUCCACCAAUUGCCCGCCGGGAGACCUUGGGCCAGUCACUUCAGUUCUCUGGGUCCCAGUUUCCUCAUCGAUAAAAUGGAGAGUCAAUACCUGUCCUCUCUCCUAUUUAGACCUCGAGCCCCAUGUGGGACCGGGAAAGUGUUCUACCUGAUUAACUUCCAUCUACUCCUGAGCUCAGAACCGGCCCUUGUCGCAAAGUAAGCGCUUAGGAAAUGCCAUAAAAAAAUUAAGUGCGCUAUACUUCUCGUCUCCCAACUCUUGUAUUGUGCUCUCCCAAGCACUCAGUACAGUGUUCUACGCACAGUAAGCAUUCGACCCGAUCGAUCGACUGAUCAAAAAACGGGGACUAAAACGCCCAUUCUCCAUGUCUUUUUGACUGUUCACCCCUGUGUGGGAAAGGAACCGUGACCUGAUUACCUUGGCAUAUCCCAGUAUUCAGCACAGCGCUUGGCACGGCCCUUGGCACUUAACUGAAACCAUUAGGAAUGACAAUUGGGAUUUAAGAACCGGACUUCCAGGGUUUGGUCCGACGUGUUUUGGAGACUUUUCCCAGUCUGCUUCCCUGCCUCUCCACCGCCUGCUCCCCGCGGCUUUCUCUUCCCACUCUUCCUCCACUCCGUCGCUCAGUUCUGGAUUCUCCGUCCCCUCGCUCUCUCGCCGGACCUCUGGCAACUCUGCCUGGCAAAGAGUAAGCGCUCAACAAACACCAUUUUAAAAAAAGAAAGAAAAAAAAAGAGCCAGAGUCCCCGACCAUCAUUUUGAGAUGGUGAUGCCUUAGAAAGUCAUUUCCUGUGUUUCUCGCCCACACCUCCGUUCCUCUGCCCCCACUGAAUCGAGGCAGAACCAGAAACUUCAGAGAGUAAAAAACACCACUUCCUGACUCUUGAGAAGCUGUCUCUCCCCUCGCCCGGGAUGUGAGGGAGUGAACACACCCUGUUCGGCGUCCCCCCUACAAAGGUGCCCAUCGGCUCCCCACGACUUCUCGGCUCCGUCGCUUGUCGGGUGAAUGACCUUCCCUGGGGCUCAGUCACCUCACCUGUAAAAUGGGGAUUAAGACUGUGAGUCCCAUGUGGGACAGGGACUGUGUUCAACCCGAUUAGCUUGUAUGUGCCCCAGAGCUUAGUACAGUCCCUGGCACAGAGUAAGAGCUUCAAAAAUACCAUAAAAAAGCUCCCCAAAACCCAGUGGUGACUGUGUAUGGGCCACCCUGGCACUGGUUCUGGCGACUGGAAGACUACGGUUUAAGUUGGUAGACACAUUCCCUGCCCACGGGAGCUUACAGGCUAGAGGGGGAGACAGAUACUAAAAUAAAUUGCAGAUAUGAAAAUAAAUACUGCGGGGCUGUGUGGGGCCUGUGGCUGUGUCUACGUC